ACCGAUCAACGGAAAGAGCCAAAGAGUUCGGUUCGGUCAUGUGAUCAACUGUGUCCAAUCACAGCUGAUCACAUCAUUGAUGAUCAGUGUGCCAUGAUGAUCAGUGUGGCCCCAGCAGUGUUACCUGUCAGUGCCCAUCAAUGCCAGCUGUCAGUGCCAAGUGCCUAUCAGUGCCACAUCAAUGCAACAUAUCAGUGCCCAUCUGAGCUGCCUUUCAGUGCCAGUCAGUGCCAGUCAGUGCUGCCUAUCAGUGCCACCCCACAGUGCCAGUCAGUGCCACCUAUCAGUGCC